AUGAAGUACGUUGUCGUUUCUGGUGGUGUCAUCUCCGGUAUUGGUAAAGGUGUUCUUGCAUCUUCAACUGGUAUGCUUUUCAAGACUUUGGGUUUAAAAGUCACCUCUAUUAAAAUAGACCCAUACAUGAAUAUUGAUGCAGGUACCAUGUCUCCAUUGGAACACGGUGAAUGUUUUGUCUUAAAUGACGGUGGUGAAACAGAUUUGGAUCUAGGUAACUAUGAAAGAUAUUUAAAUGUCACUUUGACUAGGGACCACAACAUCACAACUGGUAAGAUCUACUCUCAUGUUAUUGCUAAAGAAAGAAAAGGUGAUUAUUUGGGUAAGACCGUCCAAAUCGUCCCACAUUUGACUAAUGCUAUCCAAGAAUGGAUCGAACGUGUAUCUAAGAUUCCUGUUGAUGACACCGGGUUGGAACCAGAUGUCUGUAUUAUUGAAUUAGGUGGUACUGUUGGUGACAUUGAAAGUGCUCCAUUUGUGGAAGCCUUGAGACAAUUCCAAUUUAGAGUUGGUAGGGAAAACUUUGCUUUAAUUCAUGUCUCUUUGGUCCCAAUGAUCCAUGGUGAACAAAAGACAAAACCAACUCAGGCUGCCAUCAGAGAUUUAAGAUCUCUUGGUUUGGUACCAGAUAUGAUUGCUUGUAGAUGUUCUGAGACUUUGGAUAAAGCAACCAUUGAGAAGAUUGCCAUGUUCUGUCAUGUGGGUCCGGAACAAGUAGUCAAUGUCCACGACGUUAAUUCAACUUAUCAUGUUCCAUUGCUAUUGUUAGAACAAAAAAUGAUGGAUUAUUUACGUACUAGACUACACUUAAAUGAUGUUACCUUAUCUUCUGAAGAUAUUUCAAGAGGUGAAAACUUAUUAGCCAAAUGGAAGGCUACCACAAGUAACUUUGAUGAAUCCAUGGAAAUUGUUAAGAUCGCUCUUGUUGGUAAAUAUACCCAUCUAAAAGAUUCAUACUUAUCUGUCAUCAAAGCCUUGGAACACUCUUCUAUGCAAUGUCGUCGUAUCUUAGAGAUUCAAUGGGUAGAAGCUACGGAUUUAGAACCUGAGAUGCAAGAAUUAAAUAAAGAGAAGUUUCAUGAAGCCUGGAACAAAGUCAGUACUGCUGAUGGUAUCUUAGUGCCAGGUGGGUUUGGUGUCCGGGGUACUGAAGGUAUGAUUCUAGCUGCUCGUUGGGCCCGUGAAAAUAAAAUUCCUUACUUGGGUAUAUGUCUUGGUUUACAGAUCGCUACUAUUGAAUUUGCUCGUGAUGUAUUAGACAAGAAAAACGGUAAUUCUACUGAAUUCGUCAACGAUCUACCAGAAGAGGAUCAAAUCGUUGUUUACAUGCCUGAAAUCGACAGAGAAAAUAUGGGUGGUACCAUGAGACUAGGUUUGAGACCAACAUAUUUCCAAGAAGACACUGAAUGGUCCACAAUUAAAAAACUUUACGGUAACCAAGAAAGUGUAGAAGAAAGACAUAGACAUCGUUAUGAAAUCAACCCGGCUAUUGUAGAAGAAUUGGAAGCUAACGGUCUUGUGUUUGUCGGUAAAGAUGAAACCCACAAGCGUUGUGAAAUCUUAGAAUUAAAAAACCAUCCAUAUUAUGUUGCUACACAGUACCACCCAGAAUAUACAUCUAAGGUCUUAGAUCCAUCAAAACCUUUCUUAGGUCUUGUUGCUGCUUCUUCUGGUAUUUUACAAGACGUCUUAGAGGGGAAAUAUCAAAUUCAUAGUCAAAGUGAAUUUUAA